AUGAGGGUUACGUUAAGCGACUUGGUAAUCUUUUUCUGUUUUUUUGUUCGUGGUGGAGUUGUCAUAUUUUAUUGGGACGACGAAGAGCUUAAUAAUAUGAUAUGGGGUGAUGACAUUGACGGUGAGACAGGCGACCACAUUGUGCCUUUUAAAUUAAUAAGUGAACAACCUAAGAGAAAGGAACGGAGUGAAGAUUCUAAGACGCAGCAAAAGAUAAAUUGGACAAGAAAUGACCUUCAUGAUAGUAAUCCGGGGAGCAGUUCAGGCUAUAUUGUUGGUGAAGGCUAGCUCAUGGCCUGACUUAUCGCCUGACUUAUCGGCUAUCUAAUGCCAGAGAAGCUGGUCCAGCUUACUGAACUUUCUAAACGCUUAGCUGAGCCAGCAAGAUAUCAUUCAACGAGAGAGAAAACGUCUGAACUUGGAAAGGCCAUGAUAUUUUUUUUCGUAGCACAGACGAGCAUAAAGAGAAAGGUGAUGAUUGACUUUGAUGAGUAAGGCUGGGCUAACAUUGGCAGCUUUGAUGAGAUCUCCAGAUUUUGCAGUAGUGAUGUCCCUAUAUUUGGCGGUGGAGAUGAGUUAUGGUCUUCUUCCAAAGAUGUAUUCAAUAGUCCAUCAAAAACAGUACCAUCAAUUUUGAACUCUGAAGAUCUAGGAUUUGAUAUUAGAACUGAGUUUGAGCAACAAGAGAACCAGCAAUUUCCACUGACUGGAAAAGCCAAUGGUCCCUCAUCUCAAAGUGUGCGUGUAACCCCAAAAUCUGAGCAGUUUCAUGAGCAUAAGGGUCAAGCCUCACUUGAGGACCAGCCAUAUCAACAAAACAAAAUGAUGAAGUUUUUGAAAUUGUUUGGGACUUCUGUGGCAGUAGCAUUUCAAGAUGCAAACGGUCAGAGGACACACUGUCCAUCACUUGGAAAAAAAAAGUAAAUUGGUUAGCACCGUCAGCGUGAGUCUCAAGGGUCUGGGACAUCACACCAUCUACAUAUGCCAAACCAGUACAUGGCUACUUCUGGUUUUGGUAAUCAUACAAAUCCAUAUUCUACUCUGCCUCUAAUCUCAGCCGUCCAACAUCCAGAUGUUAAGAAUCAGCUGAUGCAUCCUUCCUACAAUCCUGCUACUGCUAUCUCUGUAAACAUGGUAAUAGAUGCCUCUGCAAGACAGAAAAUGCAGGCAAUGCUUGCCAUUCAGAAACAACGGCAUCAAUUUCGUCAUCAGGUUCCUGUAAGCAGAUCGAUCCCAUUACUCAGAACUGUCCACUCCAGCUUGUUGGUAAAAAAAAAAGCUAAUCUUCAAGGGCUAACUGCAGUGUCUUCCUUUGAUGCUACUUCAUUUUUGGAAUUAGGUAAUUCUGGGGCAACUUUGCUGCUGCUGUGUUGAUAUAAUUCAUCAGAAUUCUCGGUUCUUUAUGAACUUCAUGGUGUUGUAGCAAAGUUGGAUAUGGAAACAAGGACUUGAUACCGCAGGUCACAGACAUCUCACUAGUGAUAAUAAGACUACAUUUCGAAAAACUUUUUGUUUGUUUACUCUAGUUUUUCCUCCUUUGAAACCAAGUUCAAGCUCUUAUUACAAUUGAAACCAAAGUAGUCUGGUCUUAAGAAA